AGUAACACUAUAAACAUAUAUCCUCUGCAGAACUAUACGUUCACCCAACGUGAGGCUCAGCCGGAAGAAGAUGCCAGUGUCGCAGCCAGACUACAGAGAUUGCAGAAUAAUUAUGAGGAUUUUGGUAUGAGACGUACUGUUGAAGGUAUCAUGGUUGUACACGAGCAUGGUCACCCUCACAUUCUCAUGCUUCAGAUCGCCAACGCGUUUUUCAAACUCCCAGGUGACUACUUAACCCCAGGCGAAACGGACGAACCUGGUUUGAAGAAACGACUGGAUGAUAGACUAGCACCGCUCGAUCCAACGAUGUUCGAUCCAGAAGACGGUGCACUCAAUGAAUGGGAAAUCGGAGAUUGCCUUGCUCAAUGGUGGAGACCUAACUUCGAAACUUUUAUGUAUCCAUUCAUCCCUGCACACGUGACAAAACCAAAAGAAUGCAAGAAAAUGUAUGUCGUCGGCUUGCCUGAGCGAAAAGUAUUUGCCGUCCCAAGGAACAUGAAGCUGCUAGCUAUACCAGUAUUUGAACUUUAUGACAAUUCGGGUAGAUAUGGUCCACAAUUGGCGGCUAUCCCGCAUCUGCUCUCGAGGUAUAAUUUCAUAUUGCAAUAA